AUGCUUACUAUCGUUCGCGCCUUGCUCCUGAUGACGGUGGCUGUCGCCGCGACGCCGUGCACGUCGACACAGAAAGACCAAAUGCUCUCGACGAUCACCAACGAUGCGCAGUGGGCGGCUUGCCAAAAGGCGACCGCACCGUACGAUUUCUACAAGUCGCUCACGCAGGUGAGUCCGGCGCCGACGUCGGCGCAGAUGCAGCUCUUUGCUUCAACACCGGCAUGUGCGGCGGUCUACGCAGACUUUCAAGCGUCGCUCAAGGCCGCCAACUGCGACGAAAUCAAGGCCAUGAUCGGCCUCGAGUAUGCUCCAUUUGUGCAACUGACGUCGCCGCCGACCGACACGACAGUCGCUCCGGCCCCCGCGACUCCAAUGUCGAAGGCCGUUGCGACGCCAUCUGCUCCGACGUCGAUGCCGGCGCCAACGAUGGCCACGUCGGCAGCGUCAGCGGUAGCGGUGACGCUUGCGGCUACCGCUGUUGGUUUCGCUGUUUGCCUUUGA